CGAAAUUAGCUGUAGUCUGCGUCACAGGAAGAUGGCGACUGGCAGAGCUGUUGGAGACGUGUUGUAUGUGUUUUUAUCUGAGUUGAAAACCUCACUGUGAAUGAGCCAAGUGCAGACACACACACACACACACACGCACACUGCUCCAGGAGAGAAACUCCCGCAGUUCAUUACUGGGUGUGGAGCCAGCCGCUGCAGCUCUGAGGACAUCCGUGUUUCUACUACGUAAUGUACCCGCUAUGCCAAGAUCCGCACUGCGUACCCUGCAGGAAAGUCACUGCUAGAUGCCAACCUGAGGGAAGACAAGACCUCAUUCGACCUCGAGCAGAUCCCCUUUUUUAACCCAGUGGAUCUCCAGCUCAAUAUAACGGCCCACCCCACUUCCUGCCAAAGACCAUGGAGGGUGGGCCUGUGGGGAAAAGUUCAAAGGUCAAAAGAAGCAGCCCCUUGGCAACAGCGAGCAAACUGAGAGCGCGAGCGAGUCGUACCAAUACCAAGACACAACUGUGGGAAGGCCAGGAUGUGUUGGCCCGGUGGACUGAUGGCUUACUCUACCUGGGAAAUAUUCGGAAGGUGGACCGGUGGAAGCAUAUCUGCCUUGUUCGGUUUGAGGACAACUCUGAGUUCUGGGUCAUGUGGAAAGACAUCUAUCCCCCUGCAAUCCCUGGGACUGAGCACAUCUGCUGCCUCUGCAAGGAUGAUGCGACUAGCCAGGGCAACCAAGUUGUGAACUGUGCAAAAUGCAAGCAAGGGUAUCAUCAGGAGUGCCACGCCCCCAAGAUCGAGGCUGAUGGCAAAAUCCUGCCCGCUUGGAUUUGCCGCUCCUGUAUCUUUGCAGUAGCCACCAAGAAAGGAGGUGCCUUAAAGAAGGGGCCAUAUGCCAAAGCGAUGCAGGCCAUGAAACGAGUCCUUCCCUACCAGCUCCGGACCCUUGAGUGGGACUCCCAGCAUCUCUCCAAUCAACAGCAGUGCUACUGCUACUGUGGAGGCCCCGGAGAGUGGAAUCUGAAGAUGCUGCAGUGUUGCCGGUGCUUGCACUGGUUCCACGAGGCCUGUACCCAGUGCCUGACCAAGCCGCUACUCUACGGAGACAGGCUUUACCUGUUCGUAUGCUGUGUCUGUACAGGUGGAGCAGAGUUUGUGAAACGGCUGCCUCUGGAAUGGGUCGACGUUGCACAUCUGAUCCUGUACCACCUGAGCACCUGCUGCCGGAAGAAGUACUUUGACUUUGAGCGAGAGAUCCUGGCGUUUGCCAAUGAAAACUGGGACAACCUGCUGCUUGGUGAACUCUCCGGUGCCUCCCAGUCUGAACGCUACAAGCAGAUCCUCAACGCCCUGAACAGCCACAGGAGCAGAUUUGUGUCCGGGAAGGAGAUCAAGAAGAAGAAGUGUAUCUUUGGUCUACAGGAGCGAAUGCCACCUCAGCCCCCACCCGCUGAUACCCUGCGUGAGAUUGCAAACCAGCUGAUGAGGACCUCUUCCAGCCUCUCUCCCAAAAGGUCUGAGAUCGAGGGAGUGAAGAAGGUGAAGACCAAGAGGCGUCCUCCCCACAGGGAGUCCCAGGACCUGUACGAACUGAAGACCAGGCAGGCACGGCGCCUGCUGCAGAAAGCCAUCAGCCAGAACGUGGUUACGAACCCCUACAGCUCCAACCAGUCUUACCAAGGCUGCCGAGGCAGUGCCAACAUGUGUCCCAUCAGGGAGAGUACCGAGAGGACACCUCCAAAGAUGAUGUAUGCAUCGAUUCAGCCGUCUUCGAACGCAGUCCGCAGUCUGGAGUCCUCGUCCUCUUCCUCUUCCUUCGAGUAUGGAUCUGGAUUCGCCCACAAGAGGGAGAAAUCCUGUCCACAGCCACCUUCUCAAAAACAUUCAGGACCUUCAAUCAAGUUAGCCCUCAAUGUUCUAAACUCCAGUGGAAAUAAGCCCAUAAUCUAUCGUCCUAGUGCGCUAAUUCCAGCUAUCAAUCCAGUAAACCGCUUCUGAACUGCCUCCAGUUCCUGGCGUAAUUAUUCCCCCUUGUGUAACUCUGCUGCAUACAAUGCACAAUGCACCGACUUAUAAGGUCCAACGCUGCUGUAUAUCGUUGUAACAAGAAACAUGCUGCGAUAGCUUUUCCUCUUUAUCAAGGCAGAUAGAAGAGGACCAUAUUUUGAAGGAAACAACAAUUUACACGGCACAAGGAAAGGGUGCCAGCUAGCAACUUGACCGUCAUUGGUUGAGGUGUUGUCCUGUGCCGUGACCCAAAUAAAUGUUGUCCCCCAGGCUGCUGUUCAGUUAGAAGUGGCCGUGGACACAUUCACUUUGCUGAUGCCUUGGUUCGAAUUUAAGGGAAGGCUUCGGGGAUAAGAUCUCAACCAGUAAAAGUCCACUCGCCAACCAAUCCGUACCUGUUUCUCUUUCAGUAUAAAUCGUUCCCUUGGAAACUUGAUAUUCUGUGAAUCCCCUCUGCUGAGUUCUUGAUUUAAAAAUAAACCUCGGUGUACAGUAGUAUGUAUAUUGUGUCCUACCAUCUCUGCAUAUCUUAAAACACACUGUUACAUUAAGCAGUAAUGUUCAGCCUGCUACAUAGAUGUGUGUACAUAUCAUAAAAUAUAUAUAAUCGUUUAUUGUGGGAUGUGGGCAUUAGUGUGAUGAUGCCUGCCCCUAAUUAUACUUGAACUGAAUGGCUUGCUCGGCUAUUAGCAGGGUUAGCUCACAGCCAACCAUCUUCCUGUGGAUCUGGAGUCACAUAGAAUCCUUACAAUGUAGGAGCAGGCCAUUCGGCCCAUCUAGUCCACACCAACCCUCCAAAGAGAAUUCCACUGAGAUCCCACCAUAUGCAAACCUCACACAGACAGUCGCCCAAGGUUGGAAUCAAACCCAGUCUCCAGUGCUGUGAGGCAGCAGUGCUAACCACUGAGAAACCAUGCCAUCACAUUUAGUUCAGACUGGCUAAAGUGGCAGAUUUCCUUCCCUGAUGGACGUGAGCAAACUAGACACGAUUUUUUUGCAGCAGUUGAUAGUUGUUUUGUGGUCACUAGCAGUCAGACCAGUUUUUAAUAGUCAAAAGUUUGUCAAUAUUUAAUUGAAAUCCACCACAGGCAGCUGUGUUAGGAGUUGAACUGAUAAUCCUCCCAUGAAGCCUGGGUCUUUGGAUUUUUUUUUUAGUCUGGUGAUAUUACUUUGAAGUUGUCAUCUCUUCCUCCAACAGGCAAUACUAUCUCUGUGCUGAUGACUAACUUCCACUCCAUUCCCCAGGAUCUUACCCUGCCUGGAGAAUUUGAAUGAUGGAGAGAGAUUGGAUAGACUGGGGUUGUCUUCCUCGGAGCAGAGGAGACGCAAGGGGGACGGAAUUGAAAUGUACAAAAUUGAGGGGCCCAGGCAGGAAGGAGCAUUUCCCCUUGGUUGAGGUGGUAAUCAUUCAGGAGGCACAGAACUAAGGUAAGGGGCAGGAGGCUUAGAGGGGAGAUGAGGAAAACUUUCAUUCCGGGUGGGGUGGGAAUCUGGAAUUCGCUGCCUGAAUGGGUGGUAGAGGGAGAAACCCUCAUGAUUUUGAGGAAGUGUUUAGAUGUGCACUUAAGGUGCCAAGAUAGACUAAACAAUGAACCAAGUGUUGGAAGAUGGGAUUGGAAUAGUUAGAUGCCUGUUUCUUUUGAUUGGGGCAGGCCCGAUGGGCCUAUUCAUGGGCUGUAGGCCUCUAUGACCA